CGUAAAGUUUGGACAUUACCGGUUCAAAAUUCAUUUUGUGAAAGAAGAGCUUCGUUUAGUUUCUGUUUAGUUUGAGAAAUGUUUGUCAAAAACUUAUGAAUUUAACGCGUUCAUGCAUACGACCGGACAUAUGAAUGGGGAAAUCAAUGCAUAUUCUCACAAACAAUUUAAGCUGACAAUUCCUUCUCGACAUUUAAAAGAUAUUUUGUAUUGAAUUUAUUUACUAAUUAUGCCUAUAUCAAAGACAUUUGCAACUCUUUUCUUAUAUACUUCUGCUUUUGUAAUUCGUAUAAUCAUUUUAAAUUCUCACUCAUUGAGUAAAACGUUAGGAAAUCGAGUUGAAAUUGCUACUCCUUUAACUUCUUGGAAGAAAGCUGUUGAAGGUGUGAGUUUAUGGAAGCAUGCAAUAAAUCCAUAUGAUGGAGACAACUUUCAUGAGAGCCCUUUGGCCUUGCUGAUAUACAGUUAUAUUUUGAACUGUGCUCAAGAAUGGAUUUCUGUGAUUUUUGGUGCUUGCGAUUUGUUAACUGCUUUGGUAUUAUCUUGGGCAGCCAAACUAUAUUUGAAAGAUGUUUGUCAAAAAGAAGGAGAAACCAGUAAAUUUCCUUCAAGUGCUUCUGUUCUUCUGUUGAAGCAAGAGUAUGUUAAAUGGGUGCCUUUUUAUGUAGCUGCUAUGUACUUAUUAUGUCCGUAUUCUGUACUUGCCUGUGGUGGGAAAUCAACUGCUGUUUUCUCCAACUUUUAUCUGUCGUUGUUCAUUCUAUUCACCAUUUCUGGCCAGUGGUUGAUGUCUCCUAUUUUGCUAGCAUUGUGUACAUACAAUUCCUUUUAUUAUAUAACUCUUCUCGUGCCACUGACCAUGUACAUUCAUCAGAAAAGUAAUUAUCACAAGAACAAAAUGAUUAUCAUAUUAAGACUGAUGAGUACUGCCAUUUUAUUUCUUUCAUCAUCUGUUCUGUUACUUUUUUAUUCUCAUAAAGUUACAAGUUCAUGGAAUUUUUUGUUGUCAACGUAUGGGUUCACGUUAUCUUUCCCAGAUUUGACUCCAAAUAUUGGGCUGUUUUGGUACUUUUUUACUGAGAUGUUUGAACAUUUUCGUAUUUUUUUCCUGUGUACAUUCCAACUAAAUGUGUUUGUGUACACUGCUCCACUUGCUAUUAGAUUAAGAAAGGAGCCAAUAUUUCUUCUAUUUGUACAGCUUAUGAUUAUAAGCAUCUUCAAAUCUUAUCCAAGCAUAGGGGAUGUAGCAUUCUAUUUUUCUUUACUACCAAUUUGGAGUCAUUUCUUUCAUUUCAUGAAGCAAAGGUUCAUCAUUUGUUGCAUUCUUGCAAGCUGUACACUUCUGGCUCCAACUGUUUGGUACUUAUGGAUUUAUUCUGGAAGUGCUAAUGCCAAUUUUUACUUUGGAAUAACCCUAGCAUUCAACACAGGCCAGGUGUUUCUACUGACAGAUAUACUAUCUGCAUACAUAAAACGAGAAUAUUACUUAGAAAAUGGUGUUCAGUACAAAGAGGAUGGUUCAUUAGUUUUGAUGCGGCUUCAGUAGCAGCAGUAUUAUAUGGCAUAACAGCAUUCUUUUUAACAGUGCUCAAACAAUAAGCAACUUCGGGAAAAUUUUAUGAAUCAUCAAUUUGUCUGAAAGAAUUAAAACUUGAUGGAACAUUGUAUAAAUUUGUAGAAUUUCUGUU